CCUGAAAUCCAUCGAACCUGAUCCCGUCCUCUCAGCUUCGAAUUCUCCAUUCCAGCCCGGCAUUAAAAUUUCUUUUCCCUGUGUGUGAAAGAGAAGGGUUUCCAUCCCGCUUGUGUCAAAACCACCACAACCCUGUCCAUUCCACCUGAACCCUGUCCUUCGAACCGAGUGUCUGUUUUUCUCUGCAUGCUCUGGUUCUCUCUCACCAAACUAUAUCCAAGUACGCGCCCGUCAAGAAGAGAACCACAUCUGCCUUUGCCUUCUUGACUGGCCUCGUCGCUGCAUCCAGUUCGCUCAAUUGUUUGGUGUCGGCUGGCUGUCUUAAUUCUCCGGAGCAGCAGUAUUCGCGUCCCACAGCUCCACCAACACGUUCUCGACCUCCCAACGAUAUCCAUCCCUCAGCUCCUCUAUAAGUGCUGCAUACCUCGCCCCGCUGACGGAGGACAACCUCGCAUAUUUCUUGCUCCUCGAUUACCAGGCAGAGAGACUCUGGACGCUUUCUCAUCCUCACAGGCGCAAGACCAUCAAUUGGUAGUCUUGUUGUUCUCGUCAGCUUUGGGCGGUUCCACAAAACUCGACAUCGGAUUGUCUUCCACCCGACCCAUCCCGUCACUUGUCAUUGCCGCUCCACAAUCGAAACGUCUUGCUCCAGGUCGCAGGUGAACCCACGGGCACCUGCGUCCGAGGGUUGAAUUGUUGCGAAGAAUCAACAGAGCUCGUGUCAGCUCAUCCCCGGGCCCUCGCGACAGAUUGCCAAAUCAACUAAAACAUUGGGACCCUCUUAAGUGUCGAUAGGGCUGACAGGCAUAUCACCGUGUGCUGCACAGUGCCCCCCUGACCUCUAACCGCCUUAGCUUUGACCUGCCUUAAAUCUGUUGUUGCUUCUUGAACCCUAUCAUACGUCAGCCUGAUGCCAGUACUUUAUAUCGAUCAGGUCCUCGCUCGCUACCUCGAGUGUCAACGAAAAUCGACCACCCAACUAUAUGAGUUGAUCUCCAGUCAACGAAACCAUGAUCCCAUGGGCCGCCUUCGGCACAAGGUAUCUCUCCCUUUCCCCUGUUCAACCUCAUUUAGAGAUGCUCAUAUGCUCCAGCGCACACGAGCCUGACUGGCGUGUUGAGCUGAACGCCGAAAAUGUCUACUACUAUGUCGAACAUGGUCCAACCCAACAUAAACGUGCCCUGGACUCUCCCAUGCUAGGCCUGGCACAUGAACGGCAAUUUGCCAUUUCUCAACUCGGGACUAGAAGCGUCGGGUUCGAAAGGCAACACAUUGCCUUGAUGCAGCAAGCUCUUCGGCAACUCAACCAUCAUUUCGCCGCCCACCCAUCCAACGAGUCCUGUCGCCCGACCUCACCUUACUCGGAUUAUCUGACAGAUUGCCGGCAGCUGGUGGACGAUUACAGUCCCCUGCCACCGCUUGAUAUUUCUGACGAGCCCAGCUCCGAACCAUCGACGCCUUCGCCAGUGACAGAGCUGGAAAGGUCUUCACGGUCCCCCUUGGCUUUGAAGGAGCUUAUGAACCCUGUGCCCCUGACCCCCAAGAGUCUGAAGAGGAAAGCUUCCGAUGAUCUGUUGCCAACUAUUCCUGCCGACGAUGAAUUCGAACCGAUAGCUGAUCUCGAAGUGGAUUCUCUUCUUGAGCCGGGUUCUCUCAGAUAUGCUCGAGCAAGCCAUGUACUAGGCACAGGAGCAGCCAGUCGGAUGCGGCGAGGCGUGAGAAUGCGAAAAGCACGAUCCUGUCAAAGGCACUAUUCGUCUCAAGAUUCGCUAGAGAUGGACCAAUUUGAGAAGGAGGGCCAUCUGCUACUCAACUUGGCACAGAGCCCAAUGACGAUGGGACAUUCUCCUUGAGGAAACACACCACCGAACGACCACCACUGAAAACCACUAAAUGAUGUCGUGGAUGAAAUCUGUCCGCAUUCCGAUAAAACACCUACGACUUCUGGAUGUCACUGAACCCCUCGACGAUUCCCCUUCUUGGUAUUACGGCGUAUUAUCCUUUCGAGUCAUCGUCAUCGUCAGACGUUCUAUCUCGCCUCUAUUGAUGCAACAUACAUGACCCUCCAACCCUUGGCGGGGACCAACAGCACCGCGGAUCGCCAACCCUUGGACGAAAAGGCUGUCAUAGUGGAGUUCAUUUUUGGUUGUUUGCCUCCUGCGUUGAGGAUGACUUGGUUUUCGUAUCCCGGCGUUGGAUACUAGUAAAUACCUGUGAUGGCCUGAUAUCCAGAAUGUCUUGCAUGGAGUUAGAUGCAAAAGGAUUUUGUGCUGCGGGUUCCUGGAGCUGAGAAGUUUUUAGCGACGGCGCUGGAAGGACUCUCCCGUUCAACCGCCAUUUUUUUUUUCUUGUUGGGCGGAUAAUGGAAAACCUUUGUUAUUGAUGAGCUAUGGAAGGAGCCAAACUACGUGCAGGUCGGUGAAUACGAGGCGAGUCCUCGUGGAAGGAGGAGGGGAGCGAAGGAUGAGGGAGCAGCGCAGGAUGGAUGGGCUUUGGUCGGCCACAUCGAGGUCCACUGAUGCCAGGUUUGGGAAUUGUGCACAUAUGCCCCGCUAUGCCUAUAUACAUGUCGAACUCAUGGAGUCUCGCCACUCAAUGAAGCGAUGGACUUUGUUGCUGUUUUGGA